CUGGUCUAGAUCGCCUGAUAGGUCAGUUGGAUGGGGAGUAUCUGGCCAAUUUCUGUAGCAUCCUGGCUGUCACCAUCUCAGACCUUGAUGUCUAUGAAAACAAGUCUCUGUUGUAUGAACAAAGUAAACUUCGCAGUAACAUCAAAUGUCUCUCCCCAUUACGAGAUAUAAACCAGGAAUUUGUUCUUAGCAUCCCAGAAUUUCUUCCCAGACUAGUGAAUUUUGCCACAAAUCUUCCAUAUGAACCACGAUAUGAGGGGAUUACCAUGGAAGUUGAUCACUGGAUAAGGUUAAUAGAAGACUCAAUGUCUGAUGUCCUGAAUGAACACAACCCUCUCAUUGUCACAG